AUGGCUUCGAACAGUCUUAGUGACAAGGGAAUUGGGGGAGGUCCGAAAAUUUGUGACGCAGAUUUCGGUGAAUUCGUUUAUCCAAAAGGACAGUUAUUACCCGUUAUUUUCUCAAGAUUGCGCCAAAAUAUUCCGUAUAUAACUCCUUUAUAUGUGCCAAAUUUUCCACAACGUGUCAAAAGUCUAAGUGAUGCAAAUGAUGCCAUGCUUCAAAAUAAGGAUCUCAGAUUUUAUGGAAUCCUCUUGUUAACGGAAAUCUUUGCCUUUUCUACCAGCACUGGACGGAUAACACGUGCUGAGCAGGAAUGGCGUGAAAUUGAUAAUUCACCAAAGAGAGCAAUUGGUUGUAAUGUUUCGAUUAUAUGCUCAUUCUGA